UUAUUUUUUCCUUCUGUCUUUUCUCUAACCUUCCUUCCUUUCUUCUACCCUUUUUAGAACAGUUCGUUUCUUCCGUCAAUUCUACCAGAUCCUAAAUGAUCGCUUCCUCUCUUUCAUUUUUUCCCCAUAAACGUUACAUUUUGAGGAUCUGGGCGGUUACUUUUGUUGGAAUUCAUUCUAUAUUGCUUUCAAGUCCAAAGGAACAAUUACAACCUCCAGCUUAUGGAGAGUUGAUCACCAUCCUCAGCAUUGACGGUGGUGGAAUAAGAGGAAUCAUACCCGGAACCAUUCUUGCUUUCUUAGAAUCUGAGCUCCAGAAGCUGGAUGGUGAGGAAGCAAGACUCGCAGACUAUUUUGAUGUGAUUGCAGGGACUAGCACGGGCGGCCUGGUCACCGCCAUGCUAACUAGUCCAAAUGAAAAGAAUCGACCUCUGUUUGCUGCCAAAGAUAUAAAAGACUUUUACCUACAGAACUCCCCUAAAAUCUUCCCUCAACCAGGAUCUCAAUUAUUCCCUCAAACAACUAAAGCUAUCAAAGCUCUAUCGGGACCAAAAUAUGAUGGGAAGUUCCUGCAUAGCCUUGUUAAACAGAAACUAGGAGACACAAGAUUGCACCAGACAUUAACCAAUGUUGUUAUCCCAACAUUUGACAUCAAUCAUCUUCAGCCAAUCAUCUUCUCAAGCUAUCGGGUGAAGGAAAAACCUACUUUAGAUGCCUUACUCUCAGACAUAUGCAUUGGAACCUCAGCUGCACCAACCUAUCUCCCAGCCCAUUACUUCAAAACCCAAGACAACAAAGGAAACUUGAAAGAUUAUAACCUUAUAGAUGGCGGCGUAGCUGCAAAUAACCCGACUUUAGUUGCUAUGGGGGAAGUGAGCAAGGCGAUCAUUAACGGAAACUCUGAUUUUUUCCCAAUUAAACCCGUAGAUUAUGGAAGAUUUCUGGUUAUCUCCUUGGGGACUGGCUCUCCAAAAGCCGAAAAGAAAUACAAUGCAGCAGAGGCAGCUAAGUGGGGUGUGCUAAGUUGGUUAACCAGCGAGGGUUCCACACCUUUAGUUGAUGUAUUCACUCAAGCAAGCGGAGACAUGGUCGACUUCCAUCUUUCUGUAGUGUUUAAAGCUCUUCACAGCUCUGAUAAAUACCUACGUAUUCAGGAUGAUGGAUUAAGUGGGGAUGCAUCUUCCGUUGAUAUAGCAACGAAGAAGAAUUUGGAUGAACUUGUGAAAGUUGGUGAGGGACUGUUAAAAAAACGAGUUUGUAGAGUUAACUUGGAAACCGGCAUGUUUCAACCCUUUGCCCAAGAAACCAAUGAAGAAGCUCUUAAAAGGUUUGCAACACUACUGUCUCGAGAGAGGCAUCGUCGACAUUCUAGGACACCCCAAGGAAAGGCUGGAGGAUAUUAUCAAAAUGGUGUUAAAAAUUAGUGUGUAUGUGUCUUAUUUUUUAUAUUUAUAAUAAUUGCUUUUAGAAUAUGUUGUAAUAAUUCCUUUUAGGUUUAGCAAAAUCCAAAUGAAACAAUACAGUUGUA